AAUCAUUCCUAUUUUAAUCACACACAAAUUUCACAUUGUGAAAAAGUAGCCUACUGUUUCCACCGAAACGAUUCGUUUCGCUUUUCUCACUUGCGUUUUCCGGCGACUGUUUUCACCGGCCGGUUUUGGUUUGUGAAGUGAAUGUGAAUGAAAGCCUGAACGUAUUUUGGAAAAGAGUAGUUAAAAAAUGGUGAUAGGAUUAAAGGCGAAGAAUCACAGAGGUCCUACUGUUCAGAUUGAUUACCUAGUCCAUAUACUUGAGAUUAAGCCUUGGCCACCGUCGCAGUCGCUUAAAUCGCUGCGGUCCGUGUUGAUUCAAUGGGAGAAUGGAGAACGCAGCUCCGGGAUGACUAAUGCGGUUGUGCCGUCGAUUGGUUCGGUUGUUGGAGAGGGGAGAAUUGAGUUCAAUGAGUCUUUUAAGCUGCCGGUGACUUUGCUGAGGGAUGUAGCUGUGAAAGGCGGUGUGAAAGGAAGCGGUGAAGGUGAUGCAUUUUUGAAGAAUUGCUUGGAGUUGAAUUUGUAUGAGCCUCGGAGGGAUAAGACUGCGAAAGGGCAGCUGUUGGCGACUGCGGUUGUAGAUUUAGCUGAUUAUGGUGUUGUGAGAGAGAGUGUGUGUGUAAGUGCUCCGAUGAAUAGUAAGAGGAGCUUUAAGAACACGGAUAAACCGAUUUUGUAUAUGAAGAUUCAGCCGUUUAAGAAGGGUCGCCCCAGCUCCUCGUCUAGGGACAGCUUGUCAAGAGCGGUUUCACUGGACAAGGCGGGUGGUGAAUCUGUUUCGGCAUUGAUGGAUGAAGAGUACGCUGAUGAAGCGGAAGUUGCCUCUUUUACAGAUGACGAUGUAUCCUCCCACUCAUCUCAGACAGUAUCUUCUUCUAUAGAAACAAGUCGUGGGGUGUCUUCUCCGAAAGAAGAGACUGCACAAGCCAAUAUGCCUCAUAGCAAUGAAGGAGAUAAUGCAAAGCAUUCCUUAGCCUCAAACCUAGGUUCUGAAAAAUCAAGAUCAAUACCUCAGAGUGCACCACAAGAAUAUCUGAAGGGAAGUUCAUCAUGCUCCUCAUCGGUUGACUUGUGUUCUGACCCUGGAAGCCCAGUAAAUGGUCAUGCUUCUGUAGCUUACUCUCGCAGCUCUAGUUUCACAACAGUCUCAAAAACUGCUGGUUCCCUGAUUGUCUCUUCUUCUUCAUCAUCCUCGUUGAAUGAAAAUGCGGAGGAGUCCAAUAUCAGCAUGCGAAGCAAUGGCCAUGCACAUGCGGAGGAGGUAAAUGAUAAGGUUGUUAAUGGAACAAUUAAAGUCACUGCUGAUAUUCAAGAGAGUAGGAAGGAUGAUGAGAAGGCUCAGCAAAUUAGCGGAGAUUCCGUGGAGGCUGCUGCUGAUGAUGAUAAAUACGAUAAUGAGGAUAAAGACAGACAGAAACAAGAAGAAAAUGGUGAUGAAAGACAAAAUUGUGAUGAGGAGAACCAUUCAGGGGAAGGUGAACCAUACAUCGCAGGUCAUGCUAAUGGAAAAGAUGUUCUGCUAGGAAUGAAUGAAAUUAUUGUGAGCAAUGACAAACUGAAGCCUGUCAAGUCUGUUAGGUCAAUUGCUGACUUAAGUAAGAAUAUAUCAUCUAGGAAUGAUCAGCAUGUAGAAGUAAAGGAUGGUGUUCAGGGAGAUGCACAGAAGAGUGCAGGUGUUUCAGGAAACCUCAGAGUUAAGGAAAGGAAAGAGGCUAAGGUGUAUCCCAAGGAUACAAGGAGUGUCAUUUUAGAAAGCAAGGUUAAUCAGUUGGAACACAAAAUAAAGAUGCUUGAGGGAGAGCUAAGAGAAGCUGCAGCUGUUGAGUCUGCUCUUUAUUCAGUAGUUGCUGAGCAUGGAAGUUCCAUGAGUAAGGUCCAUGCUCCAGCUCGGCGCCUUUCUAGGUUGUAUCUUCAUGCUUGUGGAGAAACUUCCCGUUCUAGGAGAGCCAGUGCAGCUAGAAGUGUUGUUUCAGGACUAGUUUUGGUUUCAAAAGCUUGUGGGAAUGAUGUUCCAAGGUUAACAUUUUGGCUCUCAAACUCGAUUGUCUUGAGAACAAUUAUAAGCCAGGCUAUUGGGGACCCUGCACUUCCCAAGUCUGCCAGAUCGUCUAUUGACAGAAAUGGUGCUGAAAAAGUCAAACAUAUGGCUUCAUCUCCAUUAAAAUGGGAGGCUCCAUCCUCUGGGAAAAAACAAGGGAUGAAACUAUUGAAUGGAAGUUUUGGCGACUGGGAGAACCCAAAUACGUUUAUGUCCACACUGGAGAAAAUUGAAUCAUGGAUCUUCUCCCGAAUAGUUGAAUCUAUCUGGUGGCAGACUUUGACACCACAUAUGCAGUCUGUCACUGCAAAGGCAACUGAUGAAGGGUCACGAAAGAAUUAUAGAAGGACAUCUGGUUCAGUUGAUCAAGAGCAAAGUGACUUUUCAUUAGACCUUUGGAAGAAGGCUUUCAGGGAUGCUUGUGAACGACUUUGUCCAGUAAGAGCUGGUGGGCAUGAAUGUGGCUGCUUGCCUUUGUUAUCUAGAUUGGUCAUGGAGCAAUCUGUGGCUAGAUUAGAUGUGGCAAUGUUCAAUGCCAUUCUCCGGGAAUCUUCUGACGAGAUCCCCAGCGAUCCCGUCUCUGACCCCAUCAGUGAUUUGAAGGUUCUUCCAAUUCCAGCUGGGAAAUCUAGUUUUGGGGCAGGUGCACAGCUGAAGAGUGUGAUAGGGAACUGGUCCAGAUGGUUAACUGACCUUUUUGGUAUCGAUGAUGAUGACUCAUUUGAAGAUGUAAAUGGAGAUGAUGAUAAUGAUGAAAGACAUGAUACAUCCUUCAAGUCCUUUCAUCUGCUUAAUGCAUUGAGUGAUCUCAUGAUGCUUCCAAAGGACAUGCUCUUAAGCAAAUCCAUCAGAAAAGAGGUAUGCCCUACAUUUGCUGCACCACUGAUCAAAAGGAUUCUUGACAACUUUGUCCCCGACGAAUUUUGCACGGACCCAAUUCCAGACAUUGUGCUUAAAAACCUGGAGUCUGAGGACACUCAUGAGAUUGGGGAGGAGGCUCUCAGAAACAUACCAUGCACUGGACUUGGUACAGUCUAUUUGCCCCCCUCAACAGCUUUGGUUGCAAAUAUAAUUGGAGAUGGUGGAGGCCAAUCACAGCUGAGAAGAAGCGGAUCUUCAGUGGUCAGGAAAUCAUACACCAGCGAUGAUGAGCUCGAUGAACUGAAUUCACCCUUGGCCUCGAUCUUCAUAGGUUCUUCUGGGUCUUCACCAGUUGCAUCGAAGCUCAACUGGGUCCCAAAGGGAAACAUUAAUCAAAAUGCUGUCAGAUAUGAACUCCUUCGGGAUGUUUGGAUGAAUAGUGAGUAGUGACCAAAGGAAAUCAGAGAAUAUAUAGAUAAAUAAUUUGUUUCUCUGUUCCCUUUUGGAGUUGUAAAUCUGUACUCCAUUUUUGUCUGGUCACUGUUCUGAUGUCGAUGUACAAAAAAAGUAGGGUUCUUGUAAUGUAUCCAGAUGAUUGAAAUAUUUCAUAAUGGAGUGCCUAUUUGAUGA